AUGACAGCCGGGCGUGUGAAGCUGUACGAUGCCGACCCGGAGAUCCUGAAGCUGUUAUCCAGAACCCAGGUCCAAGUCUCCAUCAUGGUCCAAAACCAAGAGAUCCCAGGCGUUGCGUCGAGCCAGGCCCUAGCCGACAAAUGGGUGAGGAAUAAUGUCCUCCCGUAUUAUCCCCGGACGAUGAUCCGGUUCAUCCUCGUUGGGAACGAGGUCUUGAGCUACAACAGCACUGAUCGAGACCGCCAAUUGUGGGGCGACCUUGUCCCUGCGAUGCGCAGGAUCAAAAGUUCGCUUCGGUCGAACCGCAUCCGUAACAUCAAAGUUGGGACCCCGAUGGCGAUGGAUGUGGUCGAAUACAUUCCUCCCUCGAGCGGGAGGUUCCGCUCGGACGUCGCUGAAUCCGUGAUCAUGCCACUGGUCCGCUUCUUGAACAGCACGAGGUCUUACUUCUUCCUUGACGUGUAUCCUUACUUCCAUGGUCGCGGAACCCGGGCGACAUCUCUGGACUUCGCGCUGUUCCACGGAAAUUUCAACUACACCGAUCCCGCGACUGGUUUGACAUAUACUAAUCUCCUGGACCAGAUGCUCAGCUCUUUAAUCGCAAUGGAAAGGCUCGGCUACUCGAACAUCCCACUUCUAAUUGCCGAGACCGGAUGGCCAAACUCUAGCGACAUUGAGGGACCUGGAGCGAAUAUCUACAAUGCUGCCACGUAUAACUGCAAUCUGAUCAAGAAAAUGACAGCCGAGCCGCCAGCCGGAACUCCCGCUCGGCCUGGAGUUGUCAUACCGACAUUCAUCUUUUCAUUAUAUGACGAGAACCAGAAGGCAGGCCCCGGGACGGAGCGGCAUUGGGGACUAUUACAUGCCAACGGCGAUGCCGUUUACGAGAUCGACCUAACCGGGAAGAGGCCUGCUUCAACGUACGGGCCGCUGCCGUUGCCCACCAAUAACAGGCCCUACGAGGGAAAACUGUGGUGCAUGGCGAGGAUAGAUGCGAACGUGACCGAUCUCGGCUCGGCAUUGAGCUCCGCCUGCAGGAGGGUAAACGGCAUGUGCGACAUACUCAUGCCCGGAAGAGAGUGCCACGAACCAGCAUCGACCUUUCGGCACGCGAGCUAUGCUUUCAGUGCCUAUUGGGCACGGCUCAGGAGCCGAGGCGCGACUUGCUACUUCGAUGGACUGGCGGAGCAGACUGUUAGAGACCCAGUGAGUCGGGGAUCUUGCAAAUUCCCUAGCGUGACUCUUUGA